CCGCCAUUAUCGAUUGCAACGAUUAUCGAAUAUCGAUACAUCGAUCUGUGUUUGGGAUUCGUUGAUUUUUUGUCGGAUUCAGUGUUAGAGUGAAGUGGAUUUUGGUGACGUGUUGUGAUUGUGUAUUUUUUUUUCGACCAAUUAUGUGCGCUGUUUUGGCGGGUCGAACGCCACGGCAUCUUGACGAGCUAAGCAGUCGAAUAUUAAUAAGGUGUACGAUGAGUCGGCAAAGGUGGUAGAGGUCCGGAGGGCGGGGGGAUGCGGCCCGCGCGCGCCCGUCCGUCCGCCGCCUCUGUCACAUAGCGGCGCCCGCUACACCGCCGCGCUGCGACUAUGCGCAUGGCAAGCGCCCUGCCCACUCUGCUCGCGGUGCUGUGUGGUGCAGUGGCGGGCGCGGGCGAGCUGAUGAGCAACACGAGCCGCGUGCGGCGCUCCCCACAGCCACACCACUCACAUCGCAUACAGACCGAUGAGGAGCUAGACGCGACGAUGGCGUGGCGUCGCUCCCAUUGGCGCGAAAUGAACUCCAUUCUCCGCCGCGAGCGGGAGGUCGUCGAGUGUUGCCCCUCCGUCCUCGAGAUGGUCGCCAAAAAGGGGGGCAGGACCUACAGCGGCCUCUACGUAGAACUGUACGAAGACGGCGAGAACAAACAACGACUUUACGAACUCUCUUGUGCCCCAGAAGUCGUUGACAGACCAUGCCGUUUCGUUGACCCCCGAGUGUAUAACCAAUCGCGGUGUGUUCAAAAGUAUUCGUAUUCUUACGCUCUAGUGCGGUACACGACGGCGACAGAAAUGCCCCACCCGCGGACUGAGGGACACUUCGCUGUGCCGGGCUCCGGAGACUGGUCCAUGGAUUAUGUGAAAGUGCGAGCCGGAUGCGAGUGCCAAAUCACGCCCAAAAGGAAGGCCCCACACAAGAAGAAAGAACGCCACCGACAGAGGAGGAAAAACAGAAAACUGGAAGAGGACGAAGAAACUUGAUCGUUGGUGAUACUUUUCUUACCAGUGGGACUUAAAAUAAAACAGGCGACCUGUUUAGUAUUACGUGGAUUGGGGUGAUGGCGCCUGGUCUCGGUACCAGAUGUCAGCGACCAAUCAUUUAUGUUACCGACGGCGGGAGAACGCCUUAAUUCGGUAGAUGUAUUUUCACUGUAUUUAUUUUGGAAAUUUUGUCUAUUUAAUUAUAAUACGCUUGUUUUAGUAUUUUAGUGUCGAACGUCGGUUUUGAUGCUGACCUAUUUAUUUACCUUUUAAACGCGUGAAUUGGAUUUUGUCGAAUUACUUAAUGUUUCAGUGUUUAUUUCAAUGAAGAAUAAGGCAUAAUCUAUAAAAAGUUUACUUACAAUAAAAAAUAUAUCCAUUUUUAAGAUCGCCUUAUUUUCACUUAUACUUCCAUGUGGAACAAAAAUACCUGGAUACUACAAUUAAGCAUUUAUGUAACAAUUUCAAUUCUUGCGUUUAAAUGGUAAAAAGAAAGUGCCUUAAACAGUGCCUUAUUAUUUAAAAUUGUUGCAAAUGUAAGUGCAUAGCUAUUCCAAUACGUAUUUUUUUGUAUAUGUAUUUACUAAGUAUUAUUUUUCAUGUUUAAUCUUUCAAUGUUAAAAAUCUGCUGUUUUUUGUUUUAGAUUAUCUCAUCACAAGUUUUACAAUUCAUUUUACUUACAAUUGGGUAUUUAAUUACUUUUUAUUAAAACUGGUAAAAAAAAGUUUUAUAGUUUUGAUUCGACCUCAAAUACGUAUCAGUAAUAUGAAUGAGAUAAUCAAUUUGUAUGCCUUCAUUGUAAGUAUUACAAUAUAAUGUGUGUUCACUUAUUUUGGUGGGCGGUAUGUUUUACACUUUAAAAAUAUCAUAUAAAAUCGAAAUUCACACGAAAUGUUUUUAUUCGCCUAACUGUAUAAAACAGAGCAUUUUGUUAUUUUUGCUAACUUACAUAUUCACGAUGUUAUCUUGCUUUUGUACUAAGCUAAAAUCAUGAUACUAAAAUAAAAUCACGCCUCUUUCCCGGAGGGGUAGGCAGAGGUUUCCUAUAAAAUCAUAAUUACUGUUAUUAAAACUAAUAUGCGUUCACUUAUUCUGGUGGGCGGUAUGUUUUACACUAAAACAAACUUGCUGCGACAUGCUGUAGAGACACCAAAAUAAGUGCCUUUAUAUUUAAUUCAAACAAAUCAAUGAAGUUGCGCCAACUCAUUAACUCGCUCUCUGAUUCUCUUCCCAUUAAAAUUAAGAUUAUUUAUUUCGAAUUAACAACUGAUAUUUUUUUUUGUUAUUAUAAACCUAACGGCACUUAUUUUUCUUAGAUGUAAGAACAUCGAGUCAAAGAUCUGUAUUAUUAUCUAUUUUGUAAUACUUUUUAUUGUAUUUAAAGUUUAGUUAUUGUAAGAAUUAAUUACUAUCUAUUUAUACUGUUUAAAUACGAGGUAUUCCCAUAAUCAGUAUGAGUAUUAGUUCUACGCAAAAGUCGCUUUCAUAAUGUAUUGUUGUAAAAAAAGCAAUAGUAUUUUGUGGACGGAGAUUAUUUUGUGCAUUUAAAAUGUUUAAGAAAAAUAAAAUUGUAAUCUGUAUUAACGCCAUCUUUUAGCGAAUAGUCUCGUAACGUAUUGACUACAGCGCCAUCUAUUGUGGAGUAGUCAAACUAUUUGGUUACUUAAUGGUUACAUUGUCCAAAGAUAGAUGCCGCUACUCAAAAUAUUCAGUGCCAUGAUUUUGUCAUUGUCUUGUUUGACAACUACUUACCUAAACAUUUAAAUUGACAUUGGCAAAAUCAAUUCUACCAAAUGAUAUGUUGGAAAAAGUUCAUAAUUUUCAUCCAAACGUUAUUUGUGUAACGAUAGUUUAAUGGAAUAACUGGACAUCAAUAUAAAAUAGGUAACUUAAGUUUUUCAUUCACAUAUUUUGUACAUAAAUAACAUUCAUCAUUUAAUAUUCCAUAUUUUGUUAUAAUUUUAACUUUUGAAUCGAUACAUCACUUUUUUUUAAAUCUGUGAUGAUAUUUCAACAAUUUUACAGGAUAUCCAAAUAAUUGUUAUACUCAUAUAUAAAUGAAAUUAUAUUUUACAUACAGUUUG